AGAGCCGAAAAAAAUCUGUGUAUGCGCAUGAGGCUGUUGAUGUGCAAAUGUGAAUCAUAUUGAGAAGGUCUGAAUAGGGAGGUGUGACGUAAGGAGGGCUACACACGCAGGUGCUUAUCUCUAAGCAGUCAAAGGCACUGGAUGUCAUAUCAUGGGAACUACCUUUCAAAGAAACAGCUUUAGUAUUUUCUUUCAGCACACCAGGGAAGAGAGAAGUAUAAGUUUUGGAAACACACAGAAAAAAACAAUGGAAACUUUCCAGUUCAAAUUCAGUAGCUGUUGAGGAAGAUGGAUGCAGAGACUGACGAUAAAACACUGCGUAGUCACUCAAAAGGAACCAAAGUGCCAAUGGAUUCUCUAAUCCAAGAGCUCAGUGUUGCAUAUGACCGGUCCGUGGCAAAGAAGAGGAGAGCUGAAGAGCAGGCUUUGGGAGUCCCAGUUAACAAGAGGAAAUCUCUGCUAAUGAAGCCCCGUCACUACAGCCCAGACACAGACUGCAAGGGAAACCCAGACAACAGGAAGGAGGAUGACAGCCUCUUAGAAAUGAAUGAUCACUCCACUGCAGAAGGAAGCCUGCUAAAACCCACAGAUGAAGCCCUUCAUUCACCUGCACAAGAAAACUCCCUCAGGAAAGAAGAUCUAUACACUUGUUAUCCAGAGCUCAUGGUCAAAUCUUUAAUGCACUUGGGUAAAUUUGAAAAUAAUGUUUCUGUUCAGAACAUAAGUGAAAACUUAAAUGACAGCGGCAUCCAGUCUUUAAAAGCAGAGAGUGAUGAAGCUGACGAGUGCUUUAGGAUUCAUGUGGAUGAUGGAAGAGACACAGUUGAUGGUUCCAAGCCAGCUUUCUGCUCCUCUGACAGUGAAAGUAACUCUGACAGUACAGAGAAUGGGUGGGACAGUGGCUCCAACUUGUCAGAAGACACCAAACCUCACAGAGGCCCCAAAUACAGGUUGAAAGACAGAAAAAAGGACCUGUUGGAAGCUCCUGAAAUAAAAUCUGAAGGUGACAAACUUAUUUCUUACGAGAAUAGGUGUGAUUCUGACACAGAUGGAAGAGACUCAGCGAACACUCGUGUGGAACCCUUGAAUAGUGAAGCCCAGCCUUCUUUCCCAGAGGCUGAAGAAGAUGGCAAGAGCCUGGUCACCGUUCCAGAGGAGCCUGGUGACAUGGAGAGAACCCGAGGGAGCCUGAGUCUGCUUGAGCAGGCCAUUGCCCUUCAGUCAGAGCGAGGCUGUGCUUUCCAUCAUACUUACAAAGAGCUGGACCACUUUCUCCUGGACCGCCUGGUGGGGGAAAGGAGGCAAACCAAAGUUACUGACACGGGUGGAAGACAAAUCCUUAACAAUAAGCAUUCACCGAGGCCUGAAAAGAGGGAGACCAAGUGCCCCAUCCCUGGGUGUGAUGGCACAGGGCAUGUGACGGGGCUCUACCCCCACCAUCGCAGCCUCUCUGGGUGCCCCCACAAAGUGCGGGUUCCUCUUGAAAUUCUUGCCAUGCAUGAGAAUGUGCUCAAGUGUCCCACCCCAGGAUGCACAGGAAGGGGACACGUGAACAGUAACCGCAACACGCACAGGAGUCUUUCUGGUUGUCCAAUUGCUGCAGCUGAAAAAUUGGCAAUGUCCCAGGACAAAAAUCAACUUGUUUCUUCCCAGACUGUACAGUGUCCUGAUCAGGCCCACAGGACGAGUUUGGUGAAGCAAAUCGAAUUCAAUUUCCGUUCACAAGCCAUCACCUCUCCCAGAGCCACUGUGUCUAAAGAACAAGAGAAGUUUGGAAAAGUGCCAUUCGAUUAUGCCAGUUUUGAUGCACAAGUUUUUGGUAAACGUCCUUUCGCACAAACAGGGCAAGGACAAAAAGGACCACCAUUUCCUGAAUCAAAGCAUUUUUCAAAUCCAGUGAAAUUUCCUAAUCGGCUGCCUAGUGUCGGCGCCCACACACAGAGCGCAGGCCGAGCCAGCUCUUACGGCUAUGGUCAGUACAGUGAAGACACCCACAUAGCAGCAGCUGCUGCCAUCCUGAACCUUUCCACCCGCUGCAGGGAAGCCGCAGACAUCCUCUCCAACAAGCCGCAGAGCCUGCAUGCCAAGGGAGCUGAGAUAGAAGUGGAUGAAAAUGGCACAUUGGACUUAAGCAUGAAAAAGAAUCGAGUGCUGGACAAGGCUGCACCCCCAGCUUCCUCUCACAGCACCAUUCCAACCCCAUCUUCCUCCCCACUCAAAGCAAGCAACCUCCUGGUCAAUGCUGCCUUCUAUCAGGCUCUAUGUGACCAACAAGGCUGGGAUUCUCCCAUCAACUAUAGCAAAACCCAUGGAAAGACAGAAGAGGAAAAAGAGAAAGACCCUGUGAACUCUCUAGAAAAUUUAGAGGAAAAAAAGUUUCCUGUAGAGGCCUCUAUUCCAAGCCCAAAGCCCAAGCUCCAUGCAAGAGAUCUCAAAAAGGAAUUAAUCACCUGUCCAACUCCAGGAUGUGAUGGAAGUGGUCAUGUCACAGGCAACUAUGCAUCUCACCGCAGUGUUUCUGGAUGCCCUUUAGCAGAUAAGACUCUUAAGUCCCUCAUGGCUGCCAACUCUCAGGAACUUAAGUGUCCGACCCCAGGUUGUGAUGGUUCUGGGCAUGUGACUGGAAACUAUGCUUCCCACCGAAGCUUGUCUGGCUGCCCUCGUGCAAGAAAAGGUGGCAUCAAAAUGACCCCUACCAAGGAAGAAAAAGAAGACCCUGAACUUAAAUGUCCCGUAAUAGGGUGUGAUGGCCAGGGUCACGUAUCAGGUAAAUACACAUCACACCGCACAGCCUCGGGCUGUCCCCUGGCUGCCAAGAGACAGAAGGAAAAUCCUCUCAAUGGGGCCCCUCUCUCCUGGAAACUGAACAAACAGGAACUACCCCACUGCCCCCUGCCAGGCUGCAAUGGGCUGGGCCAUGUAAACAAUGUCUUCGUCACCCAUAGAAGCUUAUCUGGAUGUCCUCUCAAUGCACAAGCUAUAAAAAAGGGCAAGGUCUCAGAGGAGCUCAUGACAGUCAAACUCAAAGCACCUGGGGGUGUAGAGGGCGAUGAAGAAAUUAGGCAUUUGGAUGAAGAAAUAAAGGAACUGAAUGAAUCCAACCUUAAAAUUGAAGCAGAUAUGCUGAAACUUCAGACUCAGAUAACGUCCAUGGAGAGCAAUUUAAAGACAAUAGAGGAAGAGAACAAACUCAUAGAGCAAAACAACGAGAGUCUGCUGAAGGAGCUGGCAGGGCUGAGCCAGGCUCUCAUCUCCAGUCUGGCUGACAUCCAGCUGCCACAAAUGGGGCCUAUCAGUGAGCAGAAUUUUGAAGCAUAUGUAAAUACACUCACAGACAUGUACAGCAACCUGGAACGGGACUCUUCCCCAGAAUGCAAAGCUCUACUGGAAAGUAUCAAGCAGGCGGUGAAGGGCAUCCACGUGUAGGAUGGCAGCACUGCGGGCAGCAGCAUUGACCACAGCCGUGACUGCCGGGGACCUGAGAGGGGCUCGUGCCCCUGAGCCCAGGAGGUUGCCCGCUGCACGUAGAGUUGCAACGUUGCACUAAUCUUUCCCCAGCUGACAUAAAAAUGAAAGAAAAACUAUGAUAGACUCUUUGGACUAAAAGCAAUGCAGUUGAUUAUUAGAUCUCAUUUAUUUUCAUAUGUUUUUCUUUUAUUUCUUCAUUGCACUCUUUAUUUUGUAAAGUAUAUGUAAAAUAAAUGUGACAUUUUAUAUUUUAUUUAUUACUAAUCAAAGAGUUUUUUAUCUUUUAACUGCAUUUUGAGGUCUAUGAUAUUUUUACAAGUGUGUUUAUUAAUUUAUUUUCUAAUAGGAUUUAGAUAGAAAUGCUGUUCUCAAAUCACAUAUCUUGCUGGGUUUAAAAAAGAAAACAAAGAAGUAUGAAGGACAGCCGUGUCUGCGGACUGCACUGCUGUCAAGUUUGGUUACUCUUGCACACUUCUUUUUCCACUUCCACUGGUUCUGUGUUUGUAAGUGAUUUGUGGGAAAGUGAGCCGCAGAGAUGGACUAGGAAGAUAAAUGGCGCCCACUGGUGGGAAAUCCGCACUCACACAAGCACAAGAUGCCGCAAAACGGCCUACCCAGAAUCCGUUAGCAAUAAUCAAAUACAACAGUCAGCAAAGUGUUCCACACGGCUGUAUGGUUUUAGUUAAUAUGAAUUAUUUAUUUGGACUGUUUGUGAAAAACAGCAUUUAGUGAUGCAGAUUUGUCUGCUUUUCACGUCACAUCAGAUAGUUGGCAACUCUUUCCCAAGACAAGAAGAUUUGAUGCGACCAGCCAGCUUCCCCACUGUAUGUUAGUACAAUAUUCAAGUGAUGAUACUGGUGUAGAUUUGUACUUAGAAGAUACAAACACACACAAAUGGAAAAUUUGUAGAUACUAUAUCCCCUGAAAUAGCAUUUAUUUUACAGAGUUGAUUGGAAAGGAAUGGAAAAUAUCUAGUAACACAUGAAAAGGUGUUACUCCAACCUGAGCAAUUACUUUGAAUGCUGAUAGCAUUGGUCUCGGCCUCCUUGGAAAAUAAGACAACUUCCAAUUUGAUGGAAUUCUUGCCAUUGAGCUACAAGUGGUACACAGUAUACUAUACGUGCACUCACACACAUCCACAUACCACAUAUGUACACACUCACACUCAUCCACACUUAAAACUGAGUCCACAAUCUCGACUUCUGAAUAGGUCAGAGUUUAGUAGUUGCUGUAGUAAAGGCAAUGUCUAUUUCAGGGACUGUAAAGUAGUUAAGCAUUGUUUCAAAAGUUUUUUUAUAUUUAUUUUUUUUAAGGAAAAGGUAUAGACAACCAGCUAAACUGCCUUUUUGGUGUGCACACACAUUUCAUGUGCAGAUGUGCCUCAGUGUAAAUGUACACAUGGAUUUAGUGCGGGCUUAACUUUCUGUGCUAUAACAAAGUGUUUAUUUUUUAUUAGCCUCAUGGAUAUUUAGAUGGAAUGUGAUGGCAUUCACAGGCUUGGUAUUCCACUGUUGUUACUAUUACCUGCACAAAUACAUAAGAAGUCACACUCCACUCUCCUGAAACUGCUCAUUGUUACGCAUCAAGUGGGGCAUAUCUUGGGUUUGGGGUUCAUUUGAACUCUUGAAUCUUAGUUUAGUGAAAAUGAAAUGUCUGUUCGUAGGUAGGAAAGGUGUUUAUUUUAAAAAAAAAAUCAACUUAAAAGAAAAAAGCUACCAUAUGUGCUGUCUACCAUAAAUGGGACACCAAACAAAAGUUUCUAUCAGAGGAAGUACUUGCAACCAUUUUGCUAUGCAGUUCUUCACAGGCGCAUACAAACAGUUCACUUAUUGCAAAGACAGAAGUUUAAUUUGUUAAAUAUUUUAACAAAUUUGUUAUAUAUUUUAUUUAAUUUUAAAAGAUCUCUCUUACCAACCUAUGUAUUUAUGAUUGUAAUUUUCAAGACUUCAGUUAAUUUAUUUGUGUUCACACAGCUGAGCAGGGUGUUUUAUGAAGUAUGUUAGUAUUUAUUUGCCUCCUUUGUACUUGAUGUGGUUUGUAAUGUGCACUGAAUUUUUUCUUUUCCGCUAUGUCAAUGAUUGAUAUUGUAAAUUGGGUCUUUUGUAAACAAAAGGCAAUGAUGUGUGCAUUUUUUUAUUUCAAGUAGUUUGUUUAUAUACUGUUUCUCCAAACAAUUAAUAUUUCUUACAUCAAAGCAACAAAAUUGUGUUCAGUGCUGUACAUUUGGUGUAUGGUAGGAAAUAAAAAUUGAUAAUGAGU